AUGUCCAUCGGUCGCGCCAUCAACGCUCGCUUUCCCGAGUCUCAGUCCGGGUACACACGAGCUACAGGGCCAGAGUUUGCCUUCCAGGCGGAUCCCAUCCGCAGGCAGCAAACGACCUCUGAGGCUGUGGCUCGCGAUCUCGAUCCGAAUGUAAUGCGUCUGGAUACAGAGUACAACGAUCAGUACUGCGGUCCGAGUGGCAUGAUUCCAGAUGCAACGAUUAAGCAAUGUUUCACAAAUCCUUACACGGGACUUCCGUGCGGCAGUCAAAUGCUAAGCACGGGGCAGGUAUACAAUACCCAAAACUUCCCGCAUGUAGGAGUUACUGAUCCUAACCUACCCACUACGGAGGGUGCACCGCGUGUACUAAUCCCGGGCUCCCAACCGGGAAGUAACGAAGGAACUAGAGCAAUCUAUAAUCAGGAUAUCCCUAAGACAUAUGAGUUCAACCCGGAUCAGUCCUUUGGGCGGCGAACUGGCGCUGCCCUCCCAGUCACAGGCUCGGGUCGCUUGGAUGGCUUGCAGCGCACAGGGAAUUUGGGUGUCAGCAUGAGCCGGACGGAAGUGUUGGCCAGAACGAUGAGUACGACCCAGCCGGAGCUGGCGGCUUCAUUUAGAGCAUCUCAGGGAAUCAUUCCUGGAAGCGUUGGUGACCUCGAGCAGAUGAAGGAGCAGGGUGUUGUAGGCAUGGGAAAUAACCAAUAUCCUGAAUGGCAUGCGCCAGAGUGUGAUCAGCAGGCCUAUUGCAUGAGUCAAUCUAUGAAGCAUGGGGCGUGCCCGCAGAAAUGUACCAACAGAGAGAUUAUUCCUGGCUCGCAACCAGGGAGCAAUGAGGGAACAAGGGCGCUCUGUGGUACUGGAACAGGGAGAACCAUCCCAUUCAAUCGUACUGGUAUAAGCACCAUUGGGGGCGCCAAACGGCUAUACCAGACUGGUCAGAUAGCUUCAGGAGCCACGCCAAUGAAUCAAACACUGGACGGGACUAUGCUGCCUGCUACUCUGAGUAAGAGCAUGAACCUAUCCCAACUCAACAAAAGUGGUGCUGUCCCAGAGCUUCCUGCUAUCAAAUCUCCUAUUGGCUCGUCAAGGGUUCCAGCCAAGGCAUCGUCAACUCAAGAUCGCCGAGAAGAAGCUCAGGCUGAGAUCCAAGCCGCGCUGCAGUUUGGACAGCAAUUGGAGAAUCCUCAGUGCACAGCGGACAUCCCUCAGGCAGUCUCUGAUGUAGCCCAUAAUGUUGUUAAUUCGGCGCAGGUCUUCCAACCUCCUCCUCAACAGGAAAACCAGGAGCAAGGCCAAGAUUAUGUGCAGCAUGUAGCUCAUGAAGCCAUGGCACGAUCUCACCCUAACCCUACCACACUGGCAGGAACGGCAUCGUCUACAGCUCUGGCUCAUGACAACCUUUACUCUUCAGUCAAAAACCCAUCUCCAGAGUAUGAUACUGGGCUGCCAACAAAUAACGUCAACGAGGGGGCCUUCAACAGAACCGCAACGCCUUCAUCUAUAACAACCACCACCCGACCCAACUCUAUUCCUGGCGUAACCCGCCUGCCAGGGCCUAGCGGUGACGCUGUUGCUUCCUCAGAUUCGAUAAACGAACGAGGUUUCAACGAGCCGCCCAUGGCUGGGACAAACGUCUAUGCAAACACAGUCAACUCUCAGCAGCUUUAUCAGCCGCAGAACCUGGCGUACAAUCCAUCACACUCGUACUCUGCGUUCUCAAAUAAUCCAUCAUUCCCGUCAUCGAGUCGUUGCUGCACAAGGACUACCAACGGAUGCAUUCCUCCUGGCGGCUGUCAGUGUGGAAUUGCAUCAUCAAGAACGCGCUGGGACGCAGCAAAGACCAUGGGAAUUACCGAAGCAGGUGUGGAGUAUGUCAAGCCACCCCACACUACAUUUUGCGAUGCCCCUGUGGCUCGGAACUUUCUAGGUGCUCAGAGACACCAGUAUCCACAUACCGCGUCGAAUGGAGCAUACACUAACACGGCUGAAAUGGCGGCAGCAGGAUUUUGCGAUAAGAGCCUCUGUCAAACAACCAGGAUGUAUUCUAAGGGUGGCGGAGCUCCUUCAUACAAGACCCUUAAUGCAUACAUUCCAGCAUAUUCUGCAUACAGGAGGCCAUGGCCAGGUAACUACAAUGAGAAGUUCUCCUCAGGCGCAGUCGGACUAGGGAACACGCAGACCGGCGAGCCUCACAAGGUAACAGACGAGACUGCCUCAUCGAAGGAAUCCGGCUUUGUCGAGAAUUGUAAGUUUGACACCAAACCAUUUAAUUUCAUCCCUGGAGAGAGACCAAUAGGAUUUACAGAGACCUUUGCCCCGGAGGAGGGCAAUAAGGUAGGAGGAGGCGGUAAUGCCCCAGAAAACCCUAACGAAUUCCUGACUACACACAACGAUCACUUUAGGGCAAUCUACGAACCACAGUACGGAAAGCUGCACCAAAAUAAGAACGAUGGUCAGGUUCCCCCAGAGGGCAGUACUACCGAUGGGAGAUUUAGUGGGCUUCUGUCAUCGAGCAAGAUAAAGGCCAACGUCACAUUUAAGCCUGGACGCGAGCCCAUCAACGGGACAGCCACAGGCCCACGUAGAUGCACGUGCUACGAUAGGGUCAAUAAUGUGUGGAUGUAA